CUUCUGAACUUACCUUGUUGAACCCAACCCUGCCAGACAAGAAACGCAGUCAGCACAUCAUGGCAUCUGGAAACGCACCUGCAGAAAACAUGCUUUGGGGCGGUCGCUUCACAGGUUUGUUCUUCAUGGAAGUUCAAUUGCAAUGUGCCUGACCUCAGAAUGACAGGCGGCCUCGAUCCCCUCAUGCUCAGGUACAAUGCGAGUAUUGACUACGACAAGCUCCUGUUCAAGGAAGAUAUCCUCGGCAGUAUUGCGUUUGCUCGCGCAAACUCCAAGUCUGGCAUCAUAACCAACGACGAGUUCACUGAAAUUGAGAGAGGCCUCAAGGAGGUUCAGAAGGAGUGGGAGGCUGGCACCUUUGUUAUCAUGCCCAAUGAUGAAGAUAUCCACACUGCCAAUGAGCGCCGACUCUGUGAGAUUAUUGGCAAGGAAAUUGGUGGCAAACUACACACGGGUCGCAGUCGCAAUGAGCAGGUUGUCUGUGACAUGCGUAUGUGGCUUCGCAACCAGAUCCGGGACAUUGAGAGCCACCUGGUUACCUUCCUUGAUGUUAUUGCCGCCCGUGCUGAGGCCGAGGUCGGCAUUCUCAUGCCUGGAUAUACCCACCUCCAGCGUGCUAUGCCUGUCACGUGGUCGCAGCACCUGUUAUCGUAUGGCUUUUACUUUGUGAGCGAUCUGGAGCGUCUGCGCGAGACUUUGAAGCGCGUGAAUAGGAGCCCACUUGGCUGUGGUGCUCUUGCCGGCAAUGGCUUCAAUAUUGAUCGCGACAUGAUGGCUGAGGAGCUGGGCUUUGAAGGCCUUCUAUGGAACUCCAUGAAUGCUGUCGGUGACCGAGAUUUUGUCACCGAAUUUUUGCAAUGGGGUAGUAUGUUUAUGCAACAUAUUUCUCGGUGGGCUGAGGAUCUUUGUCUGUAUUCCUCUUCAGAGUUCGCCUUCAUUUCUAUUGCCGAUGCUUACAGCACUGGAAGUUCUUUAAUGCCCAACAAGAAGAACCCAGAUGGCUGCGAACUUUUGCGAGGAAAAGCUGGUCGAGCAUUUGGCCAUAUGGCUGGCCUCAUGAUGGCCCAGAAGGGCCUACCCAGCACAUAUCAGAAGGACUUGCAGGAGAGUUGGGAACCCAUGUUGGAUCAUGUCAAGACUGUCUCCGACAGCCUUCAGAUCGCAACGGGCAUCCUGAGCACCCUGAAGAUCAGGCCGGACAAGAUGAUGGCCGCGCUGGACCCCUUCAUGCUGGCUACUGAUCUUGCUGACUACCUUGUCCGCAAGGGUGUGCCCUUCCGUGAGACGCACCAUAUCUCUGGGCGAUGUGUCGCCAAGAGCGAGGAGCUAGGUAUCCCGAUGAACGAGCUCUCACUGGAGCAACUACAGGCUAUUGAUAGCCGGUUUAGGGAGGAUGUUUCGCAAGCGUUUGACUACGAGAGAAGUGUCGAGAUGAGAGCAUCCAAGGGUGGUACUAGUCGGGCACGUGUCCUGGAGCAGGUUAAGGUCCUUAAGGCUAUGCUUGCUUAAAGACUCAAAGGGCAGUUUCUUUGGAACUUGAUAGAUUGUCGAAAACGGCAGGGCUACGGACGACAGAUUCGUGGUCUUUGCGGCUGAGCUAGAGACCACUCGGCCACGCCCUUAGACUCCAGGGCUAGCAUCCUAGGCCAGAGGUAGACAAUGCAUCACUCUUCCAUA